AUGGACUUGCGGAAUGAACUAAGAGGUGGACACCAAAAUUUGCCUCAUUGUACAAUGAAUUUGGAUGACAUGACUGGUGUCAAUUCCGUGGACAACAAAUUCUUGCCAUGCUUUGUGUGUUAUGCUUCUUCUGUUGACUUGGAUUGGAGCUUGUUGGCUUUUGGUGGAAGCUACUAUUAUAGAGAAGGCACUGUUGGGGCUGGUGAGCCAUAUGCUGUUAUGGACUACGAUUGGAAAAAUUUCAGACACCCAAAAUUCCCUGCGAAUUUCCAACUUAUCCAAAAGAAGGUUCAAGAUCCAAGUUCAGACCUGUCAAAGUCCAAUAUAAUGUUCCAUCCAUUGACAGGUAAGUGCGCUCAAGUGAAGAGCAACAAUGAACUUGUAUUGGGUGAUUGUAAGAGUCAUAACCAAUGGAGUUCUGAGGGAAAUGGUUCUCCAAUAAGGUUGAUGGAUUCUGCUACUGGUCUUCACUUGGCCACCACUGAUGGGAAUGGGUCCCUUUUGUGCUUGGAAAUGGAUUCAGAUUCUUCCAAGAUAGUGACCAGAAAAUGCAUCUGCAUAGAUGAUUAUGAUUCUUCAUGUUUAGACAAUCCCCAAAGCCAAUGGUUCCAACUUAUUUCAACUAAAGUUUAA